AUGAACUAUAUUAAUAUGAAGAAAAUUGAUGAAGAGAACAAAGCUAAUUCAGGUGAUGACACAACAGAAUCAAGAAAGAAGCAAAAAACUAAAAAUAAUGAAGAACAUGAAAUAAGAAGCGAUGAGUUAUUUCGAAAGAGUAUAUUUUUUGAUUCCCAUUGGAAUCCCAACGGUGUAGCACCUCCAAAUCAUAGAAAUGUUUUCUAUAAUCCUAAAACUUUUGUUCACAGAGGAAAACCUAUUAUUGCUAAAUUAAUGGAUUUAGACGAGGAACAUCUUACCAAACUUAUAAGUAAAACCCAGAAAUAG